AUGCCUGCUGAGAACCGCAGGGCGGCACUCACCGUGCGUUUCGGGCACGUGCUGGCACGUUCGCAGAUGUUUAGGGACGAAGAGGGUGGCAAAGGUCCUGUUUCCGCGGAGCUUUCUGUUCUCAAGGUCAAACUGCAGCUGGAGAAAUGUGAGAUGGCCCCAGACAGGCUUCCUUCAGGCGGCCGUGUGAUGUGGAGACUCGACUCCUUCGCGCCCUUUGCAUACCUGGGGCCUGUGUCCCGGGAUGUGGGAUCUUCUGGGCCCCUUCGCGGGCAGGAAGUUAAGACGAAUCACAGAAAAUUAGGACGGGUGGCGUGGCCUGUUUCCACGGAGACGUCUGUGAUGCCACAGCUCCCAGGACCCCACAGGACGCGGGGCUUCCGAAGCCGGGCUGUCCGGCCCGAGCCGGGCGCCAGGUCCUCGCGCGAGCCCCGCUCCCGCAGCCGUCCGCCGCAGGCGUCCCUCCGCUGGCGGGCGGUGGACUUCGCGGCCGCCCCCGAGAUGCUGCCGGUGGGCGGCGUCCCGAGCAAGAAGUGCGGUGUGGGGCCCGGCCCGAUGGAGAAGGGCAUGCUGCUGCUCCGCGGGGUGGCCGGCCACGACAGCCACGCGCCCGAGUGGAAGGCGGGCCACAGGCAGCGCUGCCUCAGCAGGUCGGCUCAGGCCAUCAGCCGCUUCUACAGGAAGACGGACGGACGCAAGCAGGACGCCAGCCCCAAGGACACCAGCUUCGCGGCCGAACUGGAGGAGCUGAGAAAGGUGUUCCUCACGCGGCCUAACUGCCCUCGCCUCAGCACCAGGGCCACGUCCAUGUGUCAGUGCGGUUCAGCCGCGUCAGCCAAGCUAUCGGAGGAGCUGCGCGUGGCGCUAGAUGCCUGGAAGGCGUCCCAGGACCCCUUCCCCAGCCAGCCCGCGGACGGGCGCCUCCUUCCCUUUAGUAGGAGCGCCUGUGAGUUCAACUACACGUGGACACAAAGGGACUCCGGGACGGGGAGCCCAGCCCCCAGCAGCCCAGUGCUCGAGCAGAGCCCGCUGAGAAAGCGCAUUCCCUGGUUCAUCUCCGUCAUCCACGAGAAGGACCACAGCCUGGACACGCUGGGGAAGGAGGUGCAGCGCCUGUCCCGGCUGGAGGCCCUGCUGCGGAAGAAAGACGAGGAGCUCUCGGCCCUCCAGGAGGAGAAGGAGGCCUUGAGGAAGCAGCUGAAAUCCCUCCUCCAAAGCAGAAGCAGAGAGAUACUGCUGCAGGAGAAGUAUUCUGCGAUCGUCAGAGACAAGGACCUGGACGUGGCUGGCGGCAAAGAAGCGGAGGCGGACGCAGCCGAGGGCCGAAUGGGCAGGGGGGAGGCUGCGCCCAAGGAGGGGGGUGAGGAGGAGGAGGCGCAGCUGGAGGAGGAGGAGGUGGUGGAGCUGGCGGAGGAGGCGGCGGUUCCGGAGGACAAGACCGAGUGCGUGGCGAGUUCGCGCUCCCUGGAAGAGGCUUUCGAGCAGGAGCUGAUGGCCCAGCUGGAGGGGUACGAGCAGGUGAUCCAGGAGGUCCAGGAGGAGCUGGAGGUGACCAGGGCCAGACACUCGCUCUCGACAGGCACCAUCAUAUCUCUACAGCGCCACGUGGGGUUCCAGGAGUCCCAGCUGCAGCGGCUGCGCACGCAGAACGAGACGUUGCAGAAGGAGCUUCGCGAGCGGAAGGACCAGUUACAGGCCAUGUCCGACAAGUUCUCCAACCUCAGGGAAGACAAGAAACGCGAGGAGAUGAUGGGCCUCAUUGAGAAGGACAACCUCCUCCUCCGCCAGCACGUGGUGGAGCUGCAGAGCAUGCUCACCAAGCAGGAGCACACCAUCUCGGAGCUGGACGCCAAGGUCAGGCAGCUGCAGGGGCAGGUGAGCCAGAAGGAGGAGCACGUGCAGAGGUGGCAGUGGCUGCAGGAGGAGACGGCGCGCAGGAAGGAGCAGACCCAGCAGGCGGAGCUGCAGGCCCGCGUGGCCCUGGAGAGCGCGCAGUCCCGGCUUGAAAGACUAAGAAACAAGAUCCUCCAGGCCACCUUCAGCACCUCCGGGAUCAAGUCCGUGGCCACCGAGAUCUCUGACAAUGACAUUGUGGAGGGCUUGCAGAGGAUCAUCUCUGAGCGGGCAGAUUACUACAAUCAGCUGAAACAGAAAGGCGUCAGAAUGCCUCCCCUGAACCAGUCGGAGGGCUCAUCCUCCCCGGGCAAGGCCAAGAAGACAGCCUCCAAGUAGACCCGGCCCGGCCCCAGGAGACGCUGGGGCCCAGCUCACCCGCCACCCCUGUGCGGCCCGGUCUUUUCGCUUUAGAAUUAAACCCUGUCCUUGGCCAUGG